CCCAUUUGAAAUUACAUUUGUAUGAUUACUGUAUAAUAUUUGGGACAUGACUGCGUAUUGAAUGGAAGUAGUAAUUCUAUUUCAAAAUAUUUUUCAGCCUAAAUUUGUAUUUCAUUUCAGAAUUUGAAUUAAUGGUAGUACAGCUUCAUAAUGACUACCCCCAAAUCUGCAUCAAAAUCUAAAAAAUCAGAACAGUGGAACCAAUGUGAAAGUUGUGGAACUAUCAUUACCAUAAGAGACUCUGAGAAACAUCAAACAGAUUGCCCCCCAAAUCCUAAAAUUUUCACUCAUUUUUAUAUUAGAAAUAGUUGUCUACUUGGCAGUUUGAAUCUGAUGAAUGAAGAGAGUCAAGAUGCAAGAGAUGGAUUAAAUAAAUUUGUUUUCUUGAGUCAAUCAUGUAUGCAAAUUUGUGAUAUAGCAAUUUCAAAUUGGACUGUUCUGAAAAUAAAUGAUUUGGCUCCAAUUGUAAAGAGAGCUAGGCCAACAACAGGAAAAAGUUUGACUUCAGUUCAUCUCACCAAAGAAGUACUUGAUCUUUACUUUGGCGAUGUCAAGGCCUAUCCAACUGUAUCUGUUACAAAGUUAACACAGUACACUAAAGAUGCCCUAGUUAUCACUUUAAAAUCGAUAGGCAGACUAAAAACAACUGAAAUCACUCCAGAGAUUGAAAAAAGGCUGUGCUAUAUAUUCAAACGUACCAUCUUGACUAAUGGGAAUAAAAUAAGCAUAUUUUAUUUUGGAAGAUUGUUGAAAUUCUCUAUUAAAGAAGUUAAAUCAGAAAAUAGUGAUCCAGUUACAAAUUUUGACAAUUUAAAUCUUUCUGAUACCUUUUAUGAAGUUACUGAAAAUACAAAAUGGGUUUUAUUCAAGAAUCAUGAAGAAACUCAAAAUGUCAACAAUCAAGAAACUAUUUCUAAAGUAGGAGGUUUAACUGAACAAUUAAAUGAAAUCAAAAUAUGGAUGGAUAAUGCCUUAACAGUAAAAGAAGAAGCAAAAAGAUUUACAAAUGUUUUACUAGUUGGUAGUAGUGGAACAGGUAAAACAACGCUAGUAAACUAUCUAGUAAAUGAAAGUAAAGUAAAUGUUGAGUUUCUUAAUUCCACCAAAUUUUUGGCUCAAUCUAGAGAAUCUUUGAAGAAAAUGUUUGAAGAUGCAUUGUCUAAUGCUCCAACCGUAAUGGUUUUUGAUAAAUUGGAUCAAAUCUGUUCUAAAUGUUCUAAAGACGAGCAAAAAUUGUUUCUUCUAGAAGACUUGUUGACCCAUUUGGAUAAAUUGAACAAUAACAGGGGUGCGAAGGUAUUCGUAAUUGGCAUUACAACUGAUAUCAGCAAUGUCGCUCCGGAAUUGACAAAAUCAGGAAUUUUUGAUCACGAAAUCAAUAUACCAAUGCCUAAACCAGCUGCAAGGAAAGAAAUUCUUGAGAUAGUAUUAGAAAUAUAUAAACAUAACAUCACCGAAGAUCAAUUGUUGGAAAUAUCUAAAGAUACCCGAGGAUAUGUUGGAGAAGACUUGGUGAAACUUUGUUCAAGAGCAAAAUUCACAAUGUUGAAAGAUUCGAGGAGUGUUAUGGAGAUUAGUGAUUUGAAAUUUGCUAUGAAGCGUUUUGUACCAAGUGGUUCGAAGGAUUUUCAUGUAGAGGUACCUAAUGUAAAGUGGUCUGACAUAGGGGGCCAGGAAGAAUUGAAAAACCUUUUAAAACACUGUAUCAAAGAUAUAUUACACCCUGAAAGAUAUGAGAGAAUGGGAAAAUUAGCCCCAAAAGGAGUGCUUAUGUAUGGUCCACCAGGUUGUUCCAAAACAACGAUAGCUAAAGCCCUGGCUACUGAAAGUGGUUUCAAUUUUUUUUCAAUCAAAGCUGCUGAAUUAUUUAAUAAAUAUGUUGGUGAAUCCCAACAAGCUAUUAUAAAACUAUUCAAGAGAGCAAGAGAUGUGUCACCUUCAGUUAUAUUCUUUGACGAAGUCGAUGCUAUUGCUUGUAUGAGAGGAUCAGAAUCGGGAGAUGCGAAUAAUGUUCAAGCAAAUGUUUUAAUGCAACUUUUAUUAGAAAUUGAUGGUGUUUCACCGCUGGAAGGUUUGAUCGUUCUAGCAGCCACCAAUAGACUCGACAGACUUGACACAGCUUUAUAUAGAGGGGGUAGAUUGAUGAAAGUAUUAGUUCCACUACCAGAUUAUGAAACUCGAAUGAAAAUUUUCGAGUUGAAAUUCCGCAAAAUACCUGUAAAAGAUAUAGAUAUCAAAAUGCUAGUUGAUCGUACUGAAAAGUGUUGUGGGGCCUAUAUUGAGGAAUUGUGCCAUAGCGCUGCGAGAAUAGCUCUAGAUGAAAAUCCAGAACCAUUUGUAACUAUGGAACAUUUCAAGAAGGCAUUAGAAACGAUGACAAAUGAAAAUCGUUCAGCAUUAGAAACGAUGACAAAGCAAAAAUCGACAUCUUCUUAUAAUGUAUUUAUUUUUAUAAGAAAUAUGUUUUUAAGAUUAUUUCAUGUUGAUAUUGGAAAUAUAUUUUAAAAUGAAUAUUAAAUUUUAAUUGUUUUUCA